AUGCUCCCGGACGCUGACGACGGUUCGUACGCACCGGAGUGGGAGGGCGACGGAGCGGGCGGCUUCGGCCAAGACGUCGGCGCCCUCUUCCUUCAGCCGGAGGAGUGGGUGGAGGAGGAUGUGGCGGUGGGAGCGAACACCUUCAGGGUUCGGUGCCUGGCCGGAGACAACAGGCACAUAAAGAGCCAGACAGGCUUGAUGCGAUGGGAGGGAUCAGCGGCAUUGGCCCGGUUCAUUGCCAGCUCAAAAUCGCUGCUGCUGAACAAAAGUGUGCUUGAACUUGGUUGUGGGACAUCGCCACUUCCCUCUCUGGCUGCCCUCGCUGCACAGCCAACAAAGGUCUAUGUCACAGAUGGCAGCCCUAAUGUUGUGAAUAUGGCGGAAAGGAAUAUCAUUGGAAAUUGUGGGAUUGUUGAUACUUCAAGAGCACAGUUUCGGGUCAUCGAAUGGGGUAACAACGAACAGAUUGAGGACAUUGUGCAAGAGGUACCCAGUGGAUUCGAUGUUGUGCUGGGCGCUGAUGUCCUGUACUCCAAAUUGGCUGUGCCACUUUUCUUCUCAACGUGCACAAAGCUGCUGGUAAAGAGCAACACUGCAAGACUACUUGUGUGCUACAUAAUCAGGAGUGUCAGUGAGGCAGAAGUCCUUAAGUGUGCCAGAUCUGCCGGAUUUGAAUGGGAGUCACUGAAACACCAGCUGCCGACAGCUGAGGGAGAUUGCCCAUCCCUCCAGCUGAUGAUGUUUCAUAGGGCUUGA